ACACGUGUGUGAUCAUUUCAAAUCACUUUUUGAAUCAAAACCUUUAUCACUACAAAGAUUAGGAUAUACUACUGAUAAAUUUGAUUUGAUGGAUAAACCUCCGAAUUGGAAUUUAGAUUAUGAUAAUAGAAAUCGUAAAAGUUCAAUAGAGACUUCGCGUAUGUUAGCCAUUAAACAAAUAGAACAAUUACAAUCAACUAUUACAAAUGAUUGUACUACAGUUCCACUUAGUACACCAAUAAAUAUUAGUGUUACCGUUGAUUCCGAUCCAUUAAUAGAUAAUAGUGUACCGCUACAAUCAACUUACGGAAGGGAAUUGUGGUUUUGUUGUCUUCAUGCAAUUCAUCAUUAUGCCCUUAUUAGAGUAAUUUGUAUAGAACAAGAUCUUUCUUACCCAGAAAAUUUUG